UUCCGAAGAACUAGGUAGACAUGUUGCUGCUGUCAUCAAUGCUCUCCAUGAUUGUGGCGGGAGCUACCGUUAACCGGAGUUUACCGAACAAUCCAUACGAAGGUCUCAAAUGCCAUUAUGCGGCAUGCCACAAGCCCAAACCUGGACAAUUAAACAUUCACAUAAUUUCGCAUACGCACGACGAUGUCGGAUGGGUUCACACAGUCGACUUCUACUACGAGAACAAUGUGAAGUUCAUUAUCGACAGUGUCAUCGACGAACUACAAAAAGACGAGGAACGCAGAUUCAUUUACGUUGAAACUGCGUUCUUCAGUCGCUGGUGGGACAGUCAGACGGAAGCGACGAGGAACAUAGUCCGAGAUCUGGUUAACACGGGUCGACUCGAGUUUAUAUCGGGAGGAUGGUCGAUGUCCGAUGAAGCCACAACUCACUAUUCGGCGCUCAUCGAUGAAAUGACUCUCGGCACGCGGUGGCUAAACGAUACGUUCGGAGAAUGCGGUCGACCCAAGGCCGGAUGGCAAAUUGAUCCCUUUGGACACUCGAGGGAACAAGCCGCGCUUUUCCGUAAGAUGGGCUUCGACGGAAUGUUUCUGGGACGAAUCCACUAUGAAGAGAAGGAGUGGCGUGAAAAACACCGACAAAUGGAAAUGUUGUGGCAGACGGAUCCUUCCCAAGGUCGUGAAGGAGAACUCUUCCUAGGAGUUCUUCCAAACGUCUACUGGCCGCCGAAGGGUUUCUGUUUCGACAUGUACUGUAACGACGAGGAAGUCACGACCCUGAAUGGAAGGCGACGCGCUCAGGAGUUGAUGACAGUAGCGCGUGAACAAGCUCGGCAUUACAAGACCAACAACACCGUGUUCACCAUGGGUCUGGACUUCCACUACCAAGAUGCGAACAAAUGGUUCCGUAAUCUAGACAAACUCGUUCAUUUCAUGAACCAGAUCCCCGGUGUUAAUGUGUUCUACUCCACGCCCACGUGCUAUCUCAAGGCAUUGCACGAUGAACGCGUAACGUGGAAUAUUUUCGACGAAGAUUUCUUCCCAUACGCCGAUAAUCCUCACGCCUACUGGACGGGCUACUUCACGUCAAGACCAAAUUUCAAGUUCUUCAGUAGAGAACAGAACGGAUUUCUCCAAGCGUGCCGUCAGUUGGAAGUUUUCGGCCGUACGAAAGACCAACUGGCACACGACACUCUCGCUCGUGCCCUAGGAGUUAUACAGCAUCACGAUGGAAUGUCCGGAACCGAGAAACAGCACGUUGUUGAAGACUACGUCCGCAUGGCCCUAGCAGGAACUAAAAUCUGCCAAGAUCAGCUCAGUGAAGCGUUCCAGAAUCUCCUUGAACCAGAUUCGGAUCGGAGCACAGUUCGCUUCUCGUUCUGUCCUUGGCUGAACGUAAGUGCGUGUGACGUCUCUGAAAGGUCCAACAACUACUUCGUUGUGGCCUACAACCCCUACAGUAGGCCAGUCAGAAGCCACGCAAGACUCCCAGUUCAUCAUGCCGGAUACCAGGUGACCUUGGAACCUAAACGCGCCGUCCCAGUACAACUCGUCCCGGUAGACGACGGAACCUUGCGUAUACCGGAGCGAAGGUCCACCGCCCAACAAUCUCUGGUUUUUCCCAUCGAGAUACCGCCUAUGGGAAUCCGAGUUUACAAGGUGGAGUCGGUUGAGAGCGCGGUCCGAGACUCGGGAGACAGUGUGCUCCUUCCGGUGGACCUGGACGAUUAUUCGAUCGAAAACGAAGUCUACAAGCUCACCGUCGAUCCGACCAGUGGUCUCGUCAGCACGAUUCUUUUGAAACAUCUCAAUAUCCAGAUGCCUUUUAGACAGUCCAUAUGGAAAUACUACGCCUAUCAGUACUCGAUGAGCUGGAGCUCGGAGAAACCCUCUGGAGCAUACGCGUUCAAUCCUAACGAGGAUAAUCCCGUCGACAUGGCGCUAAACGUCUCGUUCCGGAUCGUCAAGGGUUCCCUCGUGCAGGAAAUUCAUCAGAUAUUCGACUCAUGGGCUACGCAAGUGAUCCGUCUCUAUAAAAACGAGGAGAGGAUCGAGUUCGACUGGACUGUAGGUCCCAUCCCAUUCUAUGAUGAGAAGGGAAGUUUCGGCAAGGAAAUCGUCCUGCGCUUUGAAUCGAAUCUGCUCUCGGACGGGGAGUUUUACACCGACUCUAAUGGUCGUCAAGACAUGAAGCGAAAGCGAAACGCUCCCUAUCCUUGGCGACACAAUAUGACGGAGCCGACCGCAGGAAACUACUUCCCCGUCGUGUCCUGGAUUCAUCUGCAGGACACCAAGAGGAACUUACAGAUGACUGUCGUCCCUGACAGACCCCAGGGGGGCAGUAGCUUGAAGGACGGCAUGCUCGAACUCAUGGUGCAUCGCCGUCUACAAUUUGACGAUGGCUUCGGGGUCGAGGAGCCUCUGGACGAAAUCGGCGUUGAUAGGAAGGGUCUAAUCGCCAAAGGGAAAACCUACGUCACUUUCGACGAGAUUCCCGUCGCUCAGCGACGAAUGAAACAUCUCGCCAACGAGCAAGUGUAUCGACCGGUGCUUAGCUUCCUGAGAACGACAUCGACCGACGGUCAACACGUAGCUCAGCUUCGGAAUCCUAAUUUCAACGGACUCGUUUCCACACUGCCCGAGAGCCUUCACGUGAUGAGCGUAGAACCUUUACCGAAUCGCGAGCUGCUCGUCCGAAUUGAAUAUCUGCACACACAAGGACCGCCGGUCACGGUCGACUUCACCAAAUUGUUCACUACGAUCCGAGUCUACGCUGCCUCCGAGACCGUGAUCUCUGCCAAUCAGUAUUUGAAGGAUUCCGCGCCGUUCCGAUGGUACGCGCAUCAUCCUUCAGAGACGAAAGCACCCUUGCCCGAAUCUCCAUUGCAGCGGGUUUUCCGACCCGGGGAUCUACGAACUUUCAUUCUCACUACCAAUUAUUGAGAGAUGGAGCGGACUUGGGUUUUCUCUUUAGAAAAAACUUGAAUUGAUUCGGCUUGUUGAUCGAAAAUGAAAGAUUUGACUCGAUUGAGCGAAGGCAUUAGAAGAAAUGGAUGGUCACCGGAUAAUCGAACCCAAAUGGAGUGCUUAAGGCUUGUUGACGAUGAAUAGUUGAAGUAUCUGUACAGAACAGUUCAAGUUGAGCGCGGAUCUUAGUUACACAUAUGAAUGUUUUUA